AUGUCGACGCCUGAAUCUCUGGACCCGAAAACUGUGAAAAGGCUUUGGGAUCAGAAUCAACAUAAAAGCCAGGACAAAACAUCUCAAUCGCACAAGAAAAAGGGAACAGAAAAUAUCGCCCAGGUGAUAGUUGAUGGCAUUCAGGAUAGUGUUAUUUCAGAUGAGUCGGAGACUCAAAGCUUCGCUUCCUCAAAUCAUGAAGAAACCUUAUGCUGGGUUAACUAUGGAAAAGAAUUCAUAAUUCAGUAUAAUGAUCUUAUAAAAAAUAGUAAUGGCAAAAUUGGCGAGAAAAAAGCUAAAGGUAUAAUUUAUGAUAAAAUAUUGGAGCACCUUAAUAUCCGUGAAGGAAGAUCCAAGGAAAUGGGAUUACAGCUCCCAGAAAUUUCGCGUAAAACUUUAUGCAAAAAGACCCAAAAGGCCGUAAGGACUUAUAAAUUAUUCGAAAAAAUAGGCAUGGAUCAAAUUAAGUAUCUUAAAGCAUAUAGCGCAAAUUCUAUUUCAGAGUUGACCAAGAUUAUCGAUACCCGUCGCCAAAAUCAUACAACCGAAAUUGUAAGUACUUUACCAGAAACUGAGUUAAAUGCAUUUUCUGAGAAGGUAUCACUGGAAAAAUUAUCAGAAACGAUUUCAGAGGAAUCGACCGAGGGUUCGCAGGAAAGUGUGUCAAACAAACCUCGAGAAACAGAACCUCGUUCAUCAACUCAUCCAAACAAAAAUUGUCUUUAUCAGUAUGACAUUAAACAUGGAAUGAAUCCCGAGAAAUUUGCGGUCAUUACUGAGGCCGAGAAAAAAAGAUGGGAUGGAGAAUGUUUUCAUGAGGACUUGAAGAGGGAUAUACGGUUCUAUCGUAGUGGAAUAGAGAGGAAGGAAGAUCCUAGAAAAUAUCGUGAAUUUUUAACAGAUCGGGAGAGGCUGGUUGGUGAAGAGUUAUUACGUCGCUAUUACGAUUAA